AUGCCCGUUAGCUUCUGGGGUCAGGAUGGCAAUAAGCGUUAUCACAAGGCGUACUUUGCUGAAUUUGACGGUGUCUGGACCCAUGGGGACUUUGUCUCGACCCACCCCAUCACAAAACAGCUGUUCUCCCAAGGACGUGCUGACGGGGUGCUGAAUCCAUCGGGCGUCCGGUUCGGCUCGUCAGAAAUUUACCAGGUGAUCGAGAGCGUCUUUUCCAAUGAGGUCGAGGACUCGCUCUGUGUAGGGCAACGGAGACCCUCUGAUAACGACGAAAGGGUGAUAUUGUUCCUUAAGAUGAAACCAAAUGCUGCCUUUCUACAGAACUCGCGAGACGAGUAA